CAUGAGGCUGGUGUUAAGAAAAAAACAAACGUUAGAUCGCAGCUUCUCAAGGGAUCAAGGCUGGUUACUCCACGGUAAUGUGUAGGUCUUGUAUAUAAAAUAAGGGCUGCACUCAAGAAGAUCCAUUUGCGCAUGAACAAUGCUCAACUUCAACAUCACAGACUCUAUGACAGGAGUACCUCUAUCGGUGAAUUUUAACAGUCCUGAAGAUUAUUUUAUCUUUAUUUUCCAGAUUUUAUUUGCAACAACUACUGUUCUCAUAGCCGGGCCUGUAGUCAUUACCAUAUUGGCCACCAGAGCUCUCCGCCUGCAAAACAGGUUUCUUUUUAUGCUAAACACUAGCAUUUGUGAUACGUUGGUUGGGUUUUCUGUGUAUUACCUCGGCCUGUUGGAUGUUCAGGAAGGAUACCCGUCUAGAAAUGGAACUUAUAAUAUUUUACCGUCACUUCUAGGGGUCAAUAUAUUGACGUUUUUGUUUGCACAAUUUGACAGGUAUUUUGCUGUGUGCCAUCCAUUCAUCUACAGUCGCUUCAUAACAAGACAGUUUGUGAUAGGCAUUAACAUCUACUGCUGGCUUUACAAUGUUGCUUUCUUGAUCGCCAGGAAUUUGAUGCCACUUUCCAAAGCCGUACAAAUGUACGUACUCAGCAUUGUCAUCUUUCAACUAAUCGUGCUCACCAAAGUGGCCAUGACUGUUAAACUGUAUGUUAUUGCCAGAUUCCAGCUUGCCAGAGACCCUCCCAGCGCCGACAAAGACAGCAAGAAGGAGUCAUUGAGAAUCAUUAUUUUUGUUGUCGUAAGCUUCUUGUUGUUGUGGUAUCCCUCUUUUAUUAAUAUUAUUAUCAGAUUUAUGGUAGGCGGAGGGUUGACGUUUAGGAACGAGGCCACCAAUCCUUUCGCCAUCAUGGCUCGUUUUAACGCUGUGUGCACGCCGUCUGUGUAUAUCUGGGCGAGUCCGACUCUGAGGCAAGCCAUGGCGAGGACAGUGUGGGGCAGACUGUGCCCAAGAUGCAAGAGGAGAGUCCUGUCCUGGGAAGGGAGAUGACAAAAAGUGAUGGAAAUACUUUAGGACUCCAUACAGCACGUUAUUCUUAUCAGCCGUGUUUUUGCCAACUCUCUGUCUCUCUCUCUGAAUAAUGAGUUUUUAUGCAAACAUUAUUUUCUGAAGUGUGUCCAUCACUGGAACUUGCCAGGUCCUCUUAAUGUUUCAUCUGAAUUAGCUGUUGAUCCAGUGUCCUGAUAAUGAUCCCACGCCCAAACAGCUACACAUGUUAACUAUCAAACUAGUGCUGUGGUCUGAGAAGUAGUAGGCUAUACAGUAGCAUUUUUUCACGUGUUUAGGCAUGCAUUACCCAUAUGUUACUUUGUGUGUUGCUAUUUAGUGUUGCUGUCCAUGGGGUGUGGUGCUGAAUUCUAAAAGUCAGUUUGAAGGGGAAAGGAAUGAGGCAUGUCUUGGAGGGUGAUAGCAAAGGUGCAAUUUUUUAAAAUUGAUUUCUUUAUGCAUAUCAUGGCUUUGUUGGAGGUGCCAUUGUUCGGUACAUGUGAUUCUUUCAUAUAAUUUGCUGUUGUGCUGUUGGUUCGGGGGUGGGGGGGCGGCUUGUUAAACAAACGUAAUGUAC